AUGCCUCCCAAGAUAUCCAAUACCGAGAUUCUCACAGCCGGUGCGAAAGCCUAUGCUAAAAAGAGGAGAAAAAAGGAAAAGGUUGUCGAAUCGAUAGAGUUCGAUCCUGCAUCGCGAAAAGACUUUUUGACGGGAUUUCGGAAACGGAAGCAAGAGCGAAAAAGAAAAGCAAAGGAGAAAUAUGAUGAAAGGUUACGACAAGAAAAAAUCAAAGAUAGAGCAAUUUUACGAGCUGAACGAAGGAGGGAGGUCGAGGAGAAAAUGGCGGCUCUUCAGGCCAUGAUCAAAGGAGAACAUCCCAGUGAGGAUGAGGAGGAAAUAACACUCUUUGGAAAAGACGACGAUACACCAGAUGCCUCGGAAGAAAAGCAAAAGGAAUCGAACGUAACAGAAUUCAAGUCCAACACAGCAUUAACAACGGUUACUGUGAUCGAAGAGAUGGAUGAUUGGGGAAAAGACAUUUAA